AUGGAAGGCAGCUUGCAGCAGGUCAGCUCAGGGAGGGAGUCCGAAGGGAUGAGGGACAAGCAGGCCCUGGGGGACCUCCAGAUGCUGGCCCUGAAGUGGUUCACGGAGACGCAGGCCCCCCUCAUUCUGCAGAACGGCAUCCUGCCCCCCUGGUUUCAUGGAUUCAUCACCCGCAAGCAGUCGGAGCAGCUACUCAGGGACAAAGCUCUUGGCUCCUUCCUCAUCCGCCUCAGUGACCGGACCACAGGCUACAUCUUGUCUUACAGGGGCAGCGACCGCUGCCGGCAUUUUGUCAUCAACCAGCUCCCCAACCGGCGCUACCUCAUCUCUGGGGACACCCACAGUCAUAGCAGUCUAGCUGAGCUCGUGUGCCAUUACCAGGAGGAGCAGCUGGAGCCCUUUGGGGAGACCCUGGCUGCCGCCUGCCCCCGGCUGGAGGACGACGAUUUGUAUGAUGCCAUCACCGUGGGCCUCCCCCAGAUCAACUCGGGCCUGGAAAGUCAACCCAUCACCACGGCUCCCCCCACAUCGGCCCCAAAGCAAGCUGCGGGGCCUUGCCCUGCUUCCAAAGCCCAGGUCUCCUUCCUGCACACAAAGAAGGGCUGCUGGGAGAGCCCCUGGAAGCCCUCUGAGGAUGGCAGCAUGGAGACCCCCAUCAGGGUGCCCCCGCUCCCCAAGAGGAGUGCCUCCCUCCUGGAGGAGACUUGCGGAAACUCCGGUGACAUCAUCUACGCAGACCUGAGGAAGACAAGCCAGACCCCGCUAGCCCCGGGCAUAGAGGGCUUCAGCAGGCAGGGACUGGGUCCUGCUGGCAGCCAGGCCUGGUCUCCAACCAGGGAGGUCCUGAGGAGGCCCUCACAGGGGAACCAGAACAGGCCUGAUGGCCUAGGGCUUGUCCUUCCGGGGCUGAGCCCAGACCAGGGCCCAACGGUAUCUCCCACUUCUUGGGGCUUCCUCCUGCCCCCUAGUUCUGAGGCCCUCGGGUCCCCAGAGGUGACCUGGAGCCAGCGGUCUCCGAAGCGGAGCCACAGGGCUCAGUACGGCUCACAGGAUAGCUUGGCAGAGACCUACGAGCUCAUUCAAGCUGGAGCUACCUACGAGCAGAUUCCAGCCAGCUGGGCAGGCCAUGCUGCCUCGGCACAUCCUGGGCCCAGAGCCAUCUACAGCCAGCUGUCAGGGCCCAUGGACUGUGACUCCACGAGCCCCCCUGAGGUCGGGAACACCUAUGAGCGGAUCCCAGCAGCCAGGAGCAAGGAACCAUGGCGGACGAACAAGCCUGACAAGCUCCGGAGGCUCUUCUUUGCGGACAAGAAGUACAAAUUCUGA